GGACUGGUGGUGAGGCGGCGGGCAUCCAUCCAGGUUGGAUUUGGAGCUGCAACCACGACUGCUUCCCAACGCUAUAACCAAUACCAACAGCAUCCAUUUCACGAGCCAUAUCCGCGACGACCUUGCCGUACCAUCUUGAUCGACCGGGGACUCUCAACUUACAAUCACCCCCUUCCAACAAACAGCAUCCACGCAACACGCAGUCACAAUGGCGCAAGGCGACUCCGAGAGGGUGCGCGAGGCUCAGAAGCUCGCCCCAGUCAACCCCCAGAAAGCUAUCGAACUUUACAAGGAGAUUAUCUCCCAACCGCCAUCCAUAAACUCCGAGGCCGCUAUUCGGGAAUAUGAGACUGCCCUUAUCAGCCUGGGAGAGCUCUACCGCGACCAACAGAACACACACGAGCUCGUGAGUCUCGUAACCACAAGCCGGACAGUUCUGUCUUCGUUCGCCAAGGCAAAGACAGCCAAGUUGGUGCGCCAGCUCCUCGACCUUUUCGAUGCCAUCCCCAACUCCCUCGAAACCCAGAUCGCCGUCACAAAAUCUUGCAUAGAAUGGGCCACCUCCGAGAGACGAAGCUUCCUUCGACAAAACCUCGAGACCCGCCUUGUUGCCCUGUACAUGAAGAAGCAAGCGUACUAUGAUGCUCUUACACUCAUCAACGGCCUCCUCAAGGAGCUCAAGCGCAUGGACGACAAGCUUGUCCUCGUCGAAGUCCAACUCCUCGAGUCUAGAGUGUACCACGCCCUCGGCAACAUCUCCAAAGCCCGCGCCGCCCUCACCAGCGCUCGUACCUCUGCCGCCUCAGUCUACACCCCCCCUCUCCUCCAAGCCAACCUCGACAUGCAGUCCGGCAUGCUCCACGCUGAAGAUAAGGACUUUCAGACGGCAUUCUCCUACUUCAUCGAGGCCCUCGACGGCUACCACUCCCAAGACGAGGCCUCCCGCGCCCAGGCUGCGCUGCAGUACAUGCUCCUUUGCAAGAUCAUGCUCAACCUUGCCGACGACGUCAAUCAGCUCAUGACCAGUAAGCAGGCCCAGAAAUACGCCGGCAAGUCCCUCGAGGCUAUGAAGGCCAUCGCCCGCGCGCACUCUAACCGCUCAUUGGAGGAGUACGAGCGUGCCCUGGGUACCUACAAGUGGGAGCUGGCGAGCGAUGGAUUUGUUCGGAACCAUCUGAGGAGGCUGUACGAUGCCAUGCUCGAGCAGAACCUUAUCAAGGUCAUCGAGCCGUUCAGCCGGGUUGAGAUUGACCACAUUGCCAAGAUGGUCAGCUUGGACAAGGAGCAGGUGGAGAGGAAGCUGUCGCAGAUGAUUCUGGACAAGGUGAUUAUUGGUGUGCUGGAUCAGGGGGCGGGGUGCUUGAUUAUUUAUGACGAGACGCAUCGGGAUGAGGCGUAUGAUGCGGCGUUGGCGACGAUUGAAAAGUUGAGCAAUGUGGUGGAUGUGCUUUACACCAACCAGGCUUCGCUUUUGGAGUAGGUUGGCUUUUCAAGAGGGAAGAGGUGGAAUUGCUGUAAUAUCACUACACUAGGUUAGGGUGAGGAGGUACUUGACAGAGAACGCACUCUUAGAAAAAGGGGUGUGGAAAUUGAGAAUCAAGCGUUGAUCGUGAG